AUGAAGGAGCUGGGAUUCCCUUGUACAUUUAUCAAGUGGAUCAUGAAUUUGGUAACAUCUGUAUCAUACAUCUUCAAAGUUAAUGGCAAGAUUACUGCUCCAGUCCAAGCUAAAAGAGGGAUUCGACAGGGUGAUCCUGUCUCACCCCUUCUUUUUGUGAUUAUGAUAGAAUAUCUGAACAGGUGUAUGUUGAAGAUGCAGAAAACGCAGGGAUUUAGUCAUCAUGCUAAAUGUAGGAACCUGGCCUUGACUAAUCUUGCAUUUGCUGAUGAUAUACUACUUUUCUGCAGGGGUGAUGUGACAUCCAUUGAUUUGAUGAUGAAGGCCUUUAACAAGUUUUCUGAUUCUACUGGCCUAAUCUUUAAUCCUAGGAAGUGUAAAGUCUUUUUUGGUAGUGUUGAUGAAGACAGCAAGAAGACUAUCAGGUGUGCAACUGGAUUUGAUGAAGGCAGAUUUCCUGUGAAGUACUUGGGUGUGCCUCUUAGUAGUAAAAGGUUAGGUAUAAUUCACUAUUUGCCACUCAUUGAUAAGAUCACUGCUAGGAUUCGACAUUGGUCGUCCAAAUUGUUAAGCUAUGCAGGUAGGAUUCAGUUGAUAAAGAGUGUCAUUGGGGCAAUAACGCAGUAUUGGAUGUUAAAUUUUCCCCUCCCAAAGGCUGUAAUUAAGAGGAUAGAUUCUAUUUGUCGCAUUUUUGUAUGGACUGGGAAAACUGAUGUGAGCAGAAAAAGUCCAGUAGCGUGGAGCAAAGUUUGUAGCCCGAUCAAGCAAGGUGGAUUGGGCCUUAUGAAUUUAACAAUUUGGAACAAAGUUACUCUCCUAAAGUGUCUCUGGAAUAUAUGCAAGAAGAGUGAUAAUUUGUGGAUACAAUGGAUUCACAAAGUGUAUCUUAAAGGAAGGGAUGUGCUGGAUGUGGAGUUAGGGAGUAACUCAACCUGGAUUAUCAAGAAAAUCUUAAAGUGCAAGAGCCUGAUAGAUCCGAUCAGACAGCUAUGGAACAGUAUGAGCAAUGAGGGUAAGUUUUGUAUGAGGAAGGUUUAUAAUUGCUUGGUGGAUAAUGUUAAUGUCCCAUGGUUCUCUCUGUUAAUGCAUAAUUUGGCUCGGCCCAGAGCAUGCAUCACAGUGUGGAUGCUAUGUCACAAUCAUCUCCCCACGAAAGAUAGAUUGUAUCGGUUUGGUAUCAUUGGAAACACUGUGUGUAGUCUGUGCGGUGUAGCGGAAGAGAGUGCUAGCCAUCUAUUCUUCCUGUGUUCAAAAACUGAGGAAAUUUGGAUUGGAAUUCUGCAUUGGCUAGGUAUGCACCAUACUCUACAGGGCUGGGACCAUGAGUUACAAUGGAUUUUGGCUAAUACAAAAGGUAAAGGGUGGAGAGCGAGGAUAUUGAAACUGGCAGUAGCUGAAACUAUCCAUGGCAUAUGGUUACUUAGGAACUCUAUAGUGUUUAACAAUGACAUGUAUAGGAACAAUACAAAGGAAAAUAUUAUUGAUAACAUUGUAUAUAGAGGGUGGAGAAAUUGGAAGAUUAGGUUGCAUAUUACAAAUCUAAUGGUUGCACAAUGCAGCACUUCUUUUUGGCAUAAUCGCUGGCUGCGCAACCAAUCCUUGAAGGAAGCUUUUUCAGAAGUUUAUGAUUAUGCAGAAAAUCCUCUUUGCAGUGUGGCUGAAUCCGGUUCGUGGAACGGGCAGAACUGGAGCUGGAGUGUCUUAAGUGACGGGGUGUUUCAUGUUGAAGAUGUUCGGUCGCAAGAGGGGAACAAUGAGUUCCAAUGGGUGAUAGCUGCUGAUGAGCAAUUCUUUGUGAAGUCUUGCUAUGAAGUUAUAACUCAGUCUUUUGCCUCUUUGCUUUGGACCAAAGGUGUGGGUAUUUUGUGGGAUCUUAAAGUUCCAUCCAUAAUUCAUAUUUUUGGCUGGAGGUUGUUUAUUGACCGGCUGCCAACUCGUGAUCAACUUGUUAAAAGAGGUGUGGUGUGA